GCCGCGGUUGCCUCCGCCUCCGCCUCCGCCGCUGUCGGCUCUCGCCGGGAGCCCGUCGUCGCGGCUUCCUGGGCCGCUGUGGUGGCUCGUCGUCAUGGAGUCCGAGUGGGAGAGGCUGACCCUUGCCUUUUCUCGCACGUCUAUGUUCCCCUUUUUUGACAUCGCCCACUACCUGGUGUCGGUGAUGGCGAUGAAGCGUCAGCCAGGAGCAGCAGCAGAGGCCCGGAAGAACCCUUUUUCAAGCUGGUUUACUGCGAUGCUCCACUGCUUUGGUGGAGGAAUCUUAUCCUGUGUGCUGCUUGGCGAGCCUGUAUUGAGGUUUCUUGCAAACAACACUAAUAUAUUACUGGCAUCUGCAAUCUGGUAUAUUAUAUUUUUUUGCCCAUAUGACCUAGUUUCCCAGGGCUAUUCUUUCCUACCUGUUGAAGUCUUGGCUGCCGGAAUGAAGGAAGUAACCAGAACUUGGAAAAUAGUAGGUGGAGUCACACAUGCUGAUAGCUAUUACAAAAAUGGCUGGAUAGUCAUGAUAGCUAUUGGAUGGGCCCGAGGUGCAGGUGGUAGCAUUGUCACAAAUUUUGAACGAUUGGUGAAAGGAGAUUGGAAACCAGAAGGUGACAAAUGGAUGAAGAUGUCCUAUGCAGCCAAGGUUACCCUGCUGGGGUCAGUUAUCUUCACGUUCCAGCACACCAGGCAUCUGGCAAUAUCAAGGCAUAAUCUUAUGUUCCUUUAUACCAUGUUUAUUGUGACCACAAAGAUAACCAUGAUGCUCACAGAGACCCCUACUGUGUCUUUCGCCCCUUUUGAGGACAUGCUGAGCCGGAUGCUGUUUGGCUGGCAGCAGCAGUUCUCACCAUCUGGAAAGAAAAGUGAAACGAAGUCAUCUUUUAAUGGCACUGGUUCAUCCACCUCAAAGCCUACAGCUGAUGCUUCAGAUAAAAUGAAAAAGAAACAUGCUAAGAAGACUGAGUAAAUUUACUUGAUGAACUCUAGAAGGCAAAAAAAUUUUUCUUAUUUCCUCUCAGGUUGUGGUAAAUAUUUCUAUGUAAAUGAUAUGAAAUAAAGAUUAUAUAUAAGGAAUGGAGGUGACAAAAAGAAAACUUCUUUCUGUUUCAGGGAGACUAUCCUUUUUCGGAUUGUAAUUCUUGAGUGUUAAGAGAGUAUCAUGUGAAAUUGUUUUUCUAAGUUAUAUAUAAAAGAUUCUAUUGUGACUAAUAGUUUUAGAUUGAUAAAAGAAGGCUAGAUGUUUUUAAUGUUAGAAAAAGUAAACUUACUAUCAUUGAAAAAUAUUAAAGCCUUUUUGUUUUAUUUAGGUAUUUUUGUAUAUAUUUUUUAUUUGAAUCUCUUUGAGCUUUAGUUCAGGAAAAUUAAACUUUUACUUCACAUUAACAUUAUAGUUCCUAGACAUGGAAAACAAUUCCUGUUUAAUUUUGAGCAGUGGGAAGAGUAAACUUUACCUAAAUCAGUUUAUAUUAUGAAUGAAAAUAAAUUACUAGUUUAUAUCUCAGAUAUAAACAUUGUGUUUUUUAAUUUAUUUUCGUUUUUUUAUUUUUUAAUUUUUGUGAGGAAGAUUGGCCCUGAAUUAAAGUUGCCAAUCUUCCUCUUUUUGCUUGAGGAGAUUGUUGCUGAGCUAACAUCUGUGCCAGUCUUCCUCUAUUUUGUAUGUGGGAUGCCAUCUCAGCCAGGCUUGAUGAUCAGUGUGUAGGUCCACACCUGGGAUCCAGACCCUGAAGUCCAGGCCCCAGAGUGGAGAGCACAAACCUAACCGCCACACAACUGGGCUGGCACCUAAACAUUGUAUUUAUUACCCACAUUAAAUGGAAAAUAUAUGAAAUUUUAUUUUAAAUUUUGUUAGUAGUAUUUUUCAGUGAGAAGAGAAUAUUUGUAUGAGUCUUAAUCUGAAGUUUAUUUCAUGUCCUUGUUUAUAUUGUUUCUUUUCUCAAAAGAAUAUCGGGUGUAAUUUUUAAUAAAUCCUUAAGCCCAUGUUUUGCUUUGUAAGUUUCAUUUUAGGAGUUUAUUUUUUUGUCUCUUCUUAAAACACAUUCAUUUUAACUGUAGGAGAAAUUAUUCUUCUCAGCAUUUCACAUCUUCUUUCUGAUCCUAGUUGGUCUGGAUACGUUGAUGAUGGUAUCAUCUUAAUGAUUCAACAAAAGUAUUAUUUCACUUUAAAAAUUUCCCCUUUAUGUCUCUUUUCUAGCGGAAUUCCUUCAUUCUCUAGUUGAAUGUCUCUUGCUUGUUUGCAUAUGUUUAUAUUUUAAUCUACAUGUACAUGUAUUAUUUUUAUUUUAAAUUGAAACUAAUUACCCUUAUGAAAAUGCUCAGCCCUAAUGAGAGUUGUCCUUUGACAUUUGAUAGUAACCAGCUAACCAAGAAGAAACAGAAACUAAAAUCUCAUAUGGUAGUUCAUUUGAAUGAAGAAUGAUGACAUUAAAUCUGAUUCCUUAUUGACAAAAAGAAAAGAAGUACCAAAUAGUGUUAAAUUUUCUUGCUUUAUUUUAUAGUUUAAAAGGCCAGUUAUAACUUUAGAACUCUGACUAAUAUGAUUUCUUCUACCAAGACCAUAAACCUGCUACCUACAAAGAGUUAGUUAUGUUCCAGGCGUUUUGGGAUGUCCUAGAAGUACUCAAAUCACAUUGAAGUUAGAAGUUUUUGUUUUUAAAAAUUUUUAACAAAUACACCAGCAGUUACUAGUUAAAACAAAAGAUUUUUAGGGGGAGGAGCUUUGUAGCCUUGAGAUGCUAAGAAGUUUAUUUUUAAUAUUGUGACAAAAUGCAUUAAAUAUUUAAGAGUUCUGUAUUAUAUUUGAUACUCUUGUAGUUAAAAACUUUUCAAAAUUAAUGUUACUAAUUGUUGACAGUUUUGAAGUUUGGGUUUAACUAUAGUUGAAAUGGUAGGAAUCUUGUUUUACACUUGUAUUAAAGACAAAUUUAUUAAAAUAAGUUAUCUAGCACCAAUGGAGUAUUACAUUAUUUUAAUGUUUCUUCUUUUCUAUUUUGGCAUUUUGAGUGAUAUAUAAUCAAGACAUUUUGACUGAUAGAUAUUCAAUGAUUACUGUUCAAAUGGGACAUUGGUACAAACUUUAUUAAUCUAGGCAAGCAUCUUGUAACGUUCAAUUCAAGAUUCUUAGGAAAAAGCUGUAUUGGAGAAUAUGGCUUAGGCUUGAACCCCCACUGAAUCUACGCAUGCUUCCUACGGAGACGCGACUGGAUUUGCGAAGCGGGUUGUUAGACUCCUUGCCCAACAGGUAGCUUGAAUGAGGCCUGUGGGCCUGCUUCACACGAACAGUCAGAGGUGGCACUGAGAAAGUCAACACCUGAUAGAUCUCCUUAUAAAAGGAGACAAGAAGCUGGCAAAAACAUGGUCUGGCUUAACUCAGUGAUCUCAUCCUCUAGUAAAAUGUGGCCAAAUUAAUAUCAAACUCUGAUUUUUCAGAUUAGUCACUUUUCCUUACUGAGGGAGUAAGGCUGGAGAGGGAGCAGAUAUUUGGAGUAGAUAGAUUUCAGUGGAAAUCCAGCUUCCCUGUGGGCAGAGACCAAAGAGUGGAGAGAUGAGAGAAGAGGGGAGACAUUUACUGUCUCUCUAUUGUAUUUUUUGUCUGUUCCUUUAAGAGCAGACACCAUUCCAUUAAAAUCUACCUCAAAGCACAAGUUGAUUGCAAUUGAGUGAUAUGUUGGAAAUGGAAUAAUGUGCUCAAGAAUGCUCUCCCUCCUGCCACUGCUCCCUUGGAGUUUACAUUCCGCUCGUGGGGAGACAGUAAUAAACAAAGAUGUUCUUGUGGUGAUAGUAGAGGUUAUGAAUAAAUACUAAGCAGGACACAUGGAUAGAAAAUGGUGGGGGUGUGUAUGUUAAAACAGGAUUGUUAGAGAAGGCCUUUCUGUUAAAAUUGCGUUUUAGCAGAGACCUGAGUAUGUGAAGGAGCAGGCCAGGCAGAGACAUCUGGGUAAGUGCAAGAGUCAUUCUGUUUCUUCUUACACUUGGGUUAGAUUAUAUAUUUUUUUCGAAAAAUUAUUGGAUCUAUUUUUCUUACUAAGUAAAACUUCACUCUUGUUUUUUUCAGACAUUUCUUUAGUAGAAUUUAUUUUUCUUUUUACAGUUGUUUCCUCUUUUGUGGUAAAAUCUGCAUACAGUGAAAUGAACAAAUUCUAAGUGUACAUUUAAAAACUUUUGACAAAUGCAUGAAACUAUGUAGCCUAAACUACCAAGGUGUACAGAAUUACCAGCACCUGAGGAAGUUUCUUUCCACUUAAUCCGCCCACUCCUCCUCUAAAUAGAAUAUAAACAGAAUCAUGCAGUAUAUUCUCUUUUGCAUAGGACUUCUUUCAAACUCUGCAUAACGUUUUUGAAAUUUUGAAAUUCAUCUUGUGUUUGUGUUGCAUCUUUUUUAGUUGCUUAGUAGCAUUCUACUAGAUGAAUAGGACGGAUUUUGUUUAUCCUGUUGCACAUCAGGGCUGUUUCUAGUUUGGGAUGUUCUGAAUAAGCUACCACGAACAUUUUUGUACAAGUCUUUUGGUGAACAUAAGUUUUUAUUUCUUUUGAGCAAAUACCUAGGAACAGAAUUACAUUUAGUUUUAUAAAAAACUGCUGGACCUUUUUUCCAAAGUAGUGGUACCAUUUUAUACUCCACAGCCAUCUAUGACAGUUCCAGUUGCUCUACAUCCUUACCGAGGAUUAGGUUCAAACACUUAGAAUUUGUCUAUUUCCAGUGGGUGGUUUGUGGUUUUUAUUGACAUUUCCCUGAUGAUUAAUGACAUAGAGCACUGUUUUGUGUACUUACUGGCCAUUUGUGUAUCUUCUUCUGUGAAGUGUCUGUUCAGAUCUUUUGCCCAUAUUUUGUUGGAUUUGUCUUUUUAUUAUUAAGUUGUAGGAGUUCAUAUAUUGCAGAUACUGAUCCUUUGUCAAAUAUGUAUUUUGCACAUAUUUCUGAUAUGUGGCUUACCUACUUAUUUUUUUGAUGAUGUCUUAAUGAGCAGAAGUUUUUAAUUCUGAAGUCUAAUUUCCUUGUAUGUUAUAGUUGUUUUCUGUGCCAUAAGAAACUUUUGCCUGCCUCCACGUCAUGAAAUGUUUGCCCAUCUCAGGCACCCAAACAAAGGAGUACCCAGCCUUUAUUCUGAGAAAUGCUUAAAAGAGAAACACUUUAUGCUAUUAUGUAAAGUAAUAAUUCUGUUACUUAGCAAGUCUCUCAGCCCUCAUUUUUGGUUCUGCUUCUUGAAAGUCAUUGUACACUUUACAUAUGCGCUCGCUUUUUCUGUGCUUGUGCUAUAGGUUAUGCAUUACAGGAAUUUAGGACUUUUCUGUCUAUGUCUAGGGACUUUCUGUGGGCAGGUUUGACCUUGCUGCAUCAUAACUAAUGUUUAGAAGAGCUGGUGAAUAAGAAUGUGAUAAUACAAAAUAUUUAAAAAUGAAAUAGACUAACAAUAAUGUACAACUGAAAUUUCACAAGGUUGUAAACUAUCAUAAUCUUUAUAAAAAGUUAAAAAAAAUGAAAUAAAAAAUCCCCUAAGCUCAGUUGUAGGUAUGUGAUUAGUUGAGGAGGUAGUGGUCCAUAUUGAAAUAUAUAAUCUAAGUGCAUAUUUGUGGUGACAGAAUGUGGCCCAAUGAUCUGGUAUGAAAAUCCGUAGACCUUAGAUUAAUUUACAUGGCAGACUGUCAGAUGAUCCAUGAUAAUACAAAAUUUUGUGGCGCACAUAACUAAAAUGAGAACUAUUACUUUCUUCUACAUUUAAUAAAGAGAUUUAAGACUUAGUUGGGAUCAAGAAGAAAUUAAGCAAUUCACAUGGUGGAAUUAUUAUCAGCAAACAAUGGUUUGGUGGGGGGAGAGGCAGGAGGGACUCCUGCCAGACUAAUUUAACUUCAGAUAUAUUUUUACCCCUGUAAAAUUGUAGUAAUCAUGCAUGUUUGACAUAAAAAUUCAGCCUGCUCUCAAUAAAAAUAGACUAUAGACAGAAACCUUCCUUGAGAAUAAUACAAAAUGAAAUGAGUCUGCUACAGUGCCUUAUAAACAGCAUUUAUAUUUGACAUCUUAAUGAGCUGUGAGAGAAAGCACAUAGCAUCUUAGUUAAAUUUGCAAAGGACCUUAGGUGUUAAGAAAACCUGUGACGACAGGAAGAAUUCAAA